GAUGAGACAUUUGUAUAAAUAGGGUAGAUGCUGUCUGAGAACUUCACAUCAACACACAGGUAGAUCACAGGUAGAUCACAGGCAGAUCACAGGUAGAUCACAGGGAGACUACAGGUAGAUCAACGUUCAGAAGUAAAUUCAGAACAAGCAUUUUAAAAAUGACACCACAGAUUCUGAUCCUCGCCUUGACCAUCGGUCUGGCACUGUCCGUCCCAUCCUCCAACAGAUGUCCCCAGCCAACCGCAACCAACCCCACCCCCGCAGCCUUCCUGUACGGCAGCCCCGACGACUGCCAGAAGUUUUUCAUGUGUAACUAUGGCAACCCUAUCCGUAUGUCAUGUCCAGCCACGACCACCUUCAAUGAGCUCUACCAGACGUGUGUCAACAGGAACAGUGAAUUCGACACUUGCACGAGACCGAGCGUGCCCGUCCCAUCCUCCAACAGAUGUCCCCAGCCAACCGAAGCCAACCCCAACCCCAAUCAUUUCCUGUACGGCAGCCCCGAUGACUGCCAGACUUUCUUCAACUGUGACCACGGCAACCCUAUCCGUAUGUCAUGUCCAGCCUUGACCACCUUCAAUGAGAGGCUCCAAGUUUGUGUCCAUAAGGGUAGCAUCUUCGACACCUGCACACGUUAGAACUCCAGUUUAACACUUUUAUUUCACUGAGGGAUGUCCUAGGAAACUUCGGCCAACUCACUUGAUCGGUGGAAUUUUUUCGCACUUCAAAAAACCCAUUUUUGCUAAUUAAAAAAAAAAACCACGUUCAUAAGAAAUCCAUCACUGUUAAAUUCAUUUUCUGAUUGUUUUUUUUAUGUUCGCAUUUUCCAGUUGUCUUUUCGUGCACAACAAUCCAAUUAAUUUUUUUUUUAUUUUUAAAUUAAAAAUCAUGUAUGUUUUAAAAAUGAAAUAAAGAAACAACUGUUGUAAAAACA